AUGAAUGUUUUUUUUGUCAGAGAUUGUGUCAACCCUGAUGACGCUGUGUAUAUCGACGGUCAGUGGUACUGCACGCUGGGUUCCUGCUACGCUGCUGCAUGCGGAGAGGUCACAGUACCAGAAAAUCUGUCAGAGCCUUGUUUUGACUGCGAGGAUGACGGGACAAACUGUAUAGAGUUUGGAGGAGUGACUGAUGAAACAUCGGCUCUAUCUCAAGCCGUCCAUUUCACCUUAUUCGUUGGGUCUCUCUCCUCGCAAUGUGGCGAAGGCCUAAUUGCAUAUGCUUCAGCAUGUUAUAUUGAUGAUAUAACUGACAGACCACUUGCGGGUUUUAUGAACAUCUGUCCUUUUGGUCUUAAUCUGGAUAGAGAACGCCUUUUAUCCACUGUCCAACACGAGAUAUUCCAUGCUCUGGGUUUCUCUCACAGCCUUUACGCCCUCUAUCGAGAUGAAGACGGCAACCCUUUGACACCAAGAGAAGCGAAUGGAUACCCACCUGUAGAUCCAGUAUCUGGUCUGUUUCUGUGGAGUAGUCGGGUGAUUCAGGAAUUGACGCUGGACUGGGACUACGUCGGUGGAACGACGCAACGUACCGUUCAGGCGCUCGUUACGCCAAACAUCGUGAGGGAAGCAAGAGCUCACUUUGGGUGUCCUACUCUCAUGGGUUUGGAGAUAGAAGAUGGCGGAGGAGCUGGUACGGCGCUCGCUCAUUUUGAGAAAAGGAUAAUGGCGACUGAGUCAAUGAACGGUUAUCUGACACCAACACGCGUCUUCUCUCGUAUGACCCUGGCUCUCAUGGAAGACACUGGAUGGUACAUACCCGACUAUGAAAUGGCUGAUAUCAUGAACUGGGGGAAGGAUCUCGGCUGUGACUUUGUCCAGAAGAGUUGCAAGAAUUGGAUCGACCAAAAAACGAAUGCAGGCCUCUCUAUUGCUCCAUGGUGCAACGUGCCUUUUGAGACUACCUGCCAUGCUGAAGGGGUUGAUGUGGCCUACUGUUCAUUUUACCAGUACUUCAACGGCGUCCCUACCAUCUACCAGGAUAUGAAUCAAAUGUACAAUGCACUUUUUGAGGCGCUGGUAACGUGA